AUGGCGGCGCCGACAGCUGCCGAUGACGAACUCUUCACAAGGGCCAUCUCCGGGUAUCGGGACGCUUUUUUGGUGCGACACGCCCACCUUCCGGAAUCCGAACGCAUGCAACUGUGGACUCAGCGCCUGAGCCAGUUCAUGUCCCCGUCAAGUACUUCCUCGGCCUCCAACUCCUACCGUCCGGUUCCUGGCUCGGGUCUCUUGGAUCACGGUGGUUCGACUCUCGAGAACUCUGGCAAACGGAUGCGACAGGAUGUUCCUAGGACGUUACCGGGCUCUGGAUUACCUCCGACGAAGCGACGAGUCACCACUCCGGAGCCUCCGGUCACCAUUGACCUGACGCGUGACCUAUCGCACGCGUCCUCGCCUGCUGCGCCUCAGUCGACUCAGCAACUCCCUAGGUCGACUUCCCGGAAGGAUAGCUCAGCACUGGCUGCUGGUCGAACACCGGUACGCCAUACCGCCAUGGUCCGAUCGCACAGUCAGCAGAUCCCGGGGUCGCACCGGCCAUCCAUGGCCUCGUCGACGGGACAUCGGCACUCUUACGGACCUCCGCGUUCUCAGCGUCGCCUUGACCACGUGAGCGAGUACUCCCCUUCAGAAUACACUCAACGAUACCUAGACGAUUCUCAGGGGCAGCGGAACGUUUCCGAACUUUCGGCGUCGCUUUCGAUGGACCCGGUUUCUGUCGGAAUGCAAUACCCAGCGUCCGGCCCUAUUCAGCAGCACCAAGGGCAAGCGAACAAUGCUUCAAAUAUAACUGAAGCACAAAACGGGUCUUUCAGCCAUCAGCUCGGACAGCUGCCUUCUGCAGGGUCUGUAGAGAUGACUCGGAGUACAACUACGGAGUCGCUAUGUGGAGGAGUAGGCAUGAUGAGGUUUGACUCGUCCGGACCCAACCUCGAUCCCAAUCUCUCGGCCCCUUUCUCUGCCUCUGAGCUUGGUGCCACCGCGGCCCCGAUCAGUAUUCCUUUCGCCAAUCCGUUCCCUCAACAAGAUCUUGAUCAGGUCUCCUUCUCUUUCGGUGAUUCGUCCAUCCCACCGUCUUUCUCCUGUUCGGCUCCAUCCACGACGUCCUUCGCCCUGCACGCGCCUCACCUGCAGCCCCAUCAGUCCGUCGAAAUGAAACCUUCCAUGUCGAUUGAAAGCGACGCUUCGUCUUGUUCGCAGGCCUCGCGGGUGGCUAGAAGAUCUCAAGAACAGAUUGCGCAGGGUUCGCGGCCGAUUGCCCCAAAGGUGGAACCGAACACCAAGCCGUCACUGAAAGUCCCAGAGCCGCACAAGAUGAUUCGCAUUGAGUCAUCGGACGGGACUUCUAAAGAGCUUGCACCCAUCCCCAGAGCUACAAUCCAUCGUCCCCCUCGACCGAAGACCUACUGCCAUCUGUGCAACGAGCAACCAGAUGGCUUCCACGGGGAGCAUGAGUUGCGUCGCCAUAUCGAACGUGUGCAUGCACCAGUUCGCAAGGUUUGGGUUUGCGUUGAUAUCUCCCCUGACAAAUCAUUUCUCGCAAACUGCAAGGCCUGUCGAAAUGGCAAGCGCUAUGGCGCCAACUAUAACGCGGCAGCUCACCUACGUCGGACCCAUUUCAACCCCUGCCAACGUGGUAGAGGGGGGCGUGGGAAGGACAGUGAGAAACGCGGUGGCAAGGGUGGUGGAACGCAACCCCCCAUGGAGGUUCUGAAGCACUGGAUGGUCCAGAAAGAAGAAGUUGUCCUCCAGAAUGCUCAGGGCAGUAUUGACCAAGAUGCAAUAGGCGAUGACUGCGCUGAGGAGCCGCUGGAUGAGUCUUCGGACGACAUCACCUUCAGUGGGCUCGCACAGGUGCCGCCGGAGAAUGUCAUUCCCACACAAGGUCUGGAACAGACUCUCAACGCUUACGACAGCUAUUCAAGUUUUAUGCCGACGAGUAUGGACUCGUCGUUCGAUAACUCUUGCUACUUCGGGUCCCAGUCCCUGCGUCCGGAAAUUGAUUCUUAUGUGUGA